AAAACGAAGAUGUUGCGUUCAAUGUUAUCAGUGCGUUCCUGUCUACCGGUAUUCCGUAGAUUAUCAUCGCGUUAUGCUGCUUCUCUAUCUUAUUUACCUUCUACUUCGUAUUCCAAGCUUAAUCUACGGAACGUGCGUUACUACGCUGAUUCUGCACAGAAAUCUGCCGAAAAAUUUGAAUUUCAAGCUGAAACGAAAAAUUUGUUGGAUAUAGUCGCGAAGUCACUUUAUUCUGACCAAGAGGUGGGCUUUUCAUCGCGAAGUUUAAUAUGGACAGUAGAUAUAGUGGAUGUGUUCAUACGAGAAUUAGUAUCGAAUUCGAGUGAUGCGCUCGAGAAAAGACGUUGCAUUCAUUUGACUUCGGGUGAUGAUUCGAAUAUUGCCUAUGAAAUCAAAAUUACGACCGAUGAAAACGCGAAGAAACUGAUAUUCGAAGAUAACGGAAUUGGAAUGGAUCGGGAUGAUCUUAUCAAAUGUCUUGGGACCAUCGCUAAAUCAGGUUCGAAAGAGUUCGUCGAGAAGCAGAAAGGUGAAGAAAUGUCGAAGGCGAGUGCAGAAUCAAUAAUUGGACAGUUCGGUGUUGGCUUUUAUUCAGCGUUUAUGGUGGCCAACAACGUUACAGUGUCGACUCGUAAAGAGGGUAAUAACGUCGGUUAUGUUUGGAAGUGGAACGGUUCCGAUCAGUAUUCAAUCGAACAAACGGACACGUUACCGAUCGGAACGAAAGUCGAAAUCGAGCUGAAACCUGGAGAUGCGUAUCAGUUCGCCGAUCCAAAGCGUGUUAUUCAUGUUAUCAAUAAGUAUUCGUAUUUCAUAACAUUGCCGAUAACAGUGAACGGUGAACGUGUUAAUACAUUGAACGCAAUAUGGACAAUGACCCCAAAAGAGGUGACAACUGAAAUGCACGAAACUUUUUUCAAACAAAUCGCCAAAACUCACUUACCACACUUGAUUACCGAUCGACCUCAAUACACCAUUCAUUAUAAGAUUGAUGCCCCGAUAAAUGUGAGUGCGUUAUUGUAUAUACCAUCACAUAGUGUGUCAACACUGGAAUUCGCAAGUGCAACUGAAGAAUCGGGCGUUUCGCUGUAUGCGAGAAGGGUGCUUAUCAAGGUUCGAGUAUUCAUCAAUUUGUGGUAUUGUUCGAACAAACUGAUGUCGUUGUUUUAA